AUGAACGGAGAAACCCAAUCUCACAGGAGCAGCGCGUCAUCCAACUCACAGUCCCAGCCCAAGCGCACCCACAGAAGAAAAGGCAUCACCUGGGCGCCCCUAAACAUAAGCCUAAAACGCCGUCUCCAAACCUUCCUCGUCCUCUGCCACACAUUAACAAUCCCCAUCUUCCUAACGAUCUUCUUUUUCACCUGCGGCAUCCCAAUCUUCUGGCCCCUCCUAGUCCCCUACUUAGUCUACAUCUCGCUCUUCUCCACAGCAGCAACAUCCGGCGAGCUAAAAGGCCGCAGCCAAUUCCUGCGCUCACUCCCAAUCUUCAAACUCUACGCUUCCUACUUCCCCGCCCGUCUCCACCGCGAAGAGGAACUGCCCCCGACAAAGAAGUAUAUUUUCGGAUAUCACCCGCACGGGAUUCUCUCACAUGGCGCAUUCGCCGCGUUUGGAACUGAGGCAUUGGGAUUCUCGAAGUUGUUCCCGGGAAUUACGAAUUCGCUGUUGACGCUUGAUGCUAAUUUCCGGAUUCCAUUUUACCGUGAGUAUGCGCUUGGCUUGGGGAUAGCGAGUGUGUCGCGGGAAUCCUGUGAGAAUAUUCUUACGAAGGGUGGUUCGGAUGGAGAGGGAAUGGGGAGGGCCAUUACUAUUGUCGUCGGUGGUGCGCGGGAAUCACUCAAUGCGCAGCCUCACUCGCUGCGGCUUGUGUUGAAACGGAGGAAGGGGUUUAUCAAGCUUGCUAUCCGGACUGGGGCGGAUCUCGUUCCUGUUUUGUCUUUCGGGGAGAAUGAUAUCUACGAGCAGAUUCAUUCUGAUGAGCAUCCGCUUAUUCAUAAGCUGCAGAUGUUUGUUAAGCGGACUAUGGGCUUUACUAUUCCACUGUUCCAUGCCCGUGGUGUGUUCAAUUAUGAUGUGGGUUUGAUGCCUUAUCGCCAUCCGCUUAAUAUUGUUGUUGGACGGCCGAUUUCUGUUAUGCAGCAGCAGAAUCGGGACAAGAUUGACGAUCAGUAUAUUGAUGAGUUGCAUUCGAGAUAUGUACAGGAAUUGAUGCGGUUGUGGGAUCAGUACAAGGAUGUUUAUGCUAAGGAACGGGAGGGUGAGCUGGAGAUUGGCUCGUGA